AUGAGACAGCACACCUGGUUCCCCUUGCAGUACAUGCCCAAGCCCUUCUGGAGAGCGGAGAACCACAACGCGACCAACUUCUUCUCUGCACUGUACGGCUUCCCUAACCAGUCCUUCUUCCACAGUGACUUGAACCUGGAGGACUUGGGGGACUUUGAUAGCGGAGCCAAGUAUGAGGGUGAGUCCCAGAGCCGGACAGUGAAGGCGCUGCUGAUUGUCGCCUACUCUGUGAUCAUCUGCAUCUCUCUCUUCGGCAACAUCCUGGUGUGCCACGUGGUCAUCAAGAACAAGAGGAUGCACUCUGCCACCAACCUCUUCAUUGUAAAUCUGGCCAUUGCUGACGUGAUGAUCACCACCCUGAACACCCCCUUCACACUGGUGAGGUUUGUGAGCAGCACCUGGGUUUUUGGAAAGCUGAUGUGUCACAUCAGCCGGUUUGUUCAGUACUGCUCUGUCCACGUGUCUGUGCUGACCCUUGCUGCCAUUGCACUGGACCGGCACCAGGUGAUCAUGCACCCUCUCAAGCCACGCAUGUCCAUGGUGAAAGGAGGGAUUUGCAUCAUCAUCAUCUGGGUUAUGGCCAGCUGCUUCUCGCUGCCUCACGCCAUUUAUCAGACUCUGACAAGGUUUUAUAUUGGAAACAGAACCAUCCGAAUGGUCUGCCUCCCCAGCUUCCCUCCUCCUGCUGAUCUUUUCUGGAAGUAUUUGGACCUGACUACAUUUGUUCUCUUGUAUGUUCUGCCCUUGCUUGUGAUCUCCAUCACAUACACCAUAGUGGCCAAAAAGCUCUGGCUGAGGAACGCCAUUGGGGACCUCACCAUGGAGCAAUACUAUGCCCAUCAGCGGAAGAAGAAGAUGACGCUGAAGAUGCUGAUGGUGGUGGUGGUUGUGUUUGCCGUCUGCUGGUUUCCCCUGAACUGCUAUGUGGUGCUGAUCUCCUGCAGGGCCAUCCACAGCAGCAACGCUCUGUACUUCGCUUUCCACUGGUUUGCCAUGAGCAGCACCUGCUACAACCCCUUCAUCUACUGCUGGCUGAACGAGAGCUUCCGCGCGGAGCUCCGGUCCCUGCUGUGCGUGUGCCAGCGCAGGAGCACGGCUCAGGGCCACGCUCUGCAGCCCAUCUCCCCACUGUUCCAGCAUGCCAAGGCUGAGAACUGCCCGUGCAGAAGAAGCAGCACAUGCCAGAAGGCACAGACACCCUCCCAGAGGAACUCUGCAAGGACAGACAUAUCCAGCGUGCAGCCAAUUGUGGCAGAAAGCUGAAGCCUUCAUCUGACAGAUGGGAAGCAU